CGAACAUAGGAACUCGAGAGGAAAGGAACCAAGAGAAAUUAGGUAUUUUAAAAGAAAAUCAGGAUAGAACAAAGGACAGUGAGUGGUGGCUUGCAAAAAAGAGAAAAGUAGAGGAAAUCAAGGAGGAAUGGGAAACACAAAAAACGCAGGAAGUAAGUGAGCUCAUAAAAAAAGGAAUAAAUAUAGAAGCAUUAACAAAUAAAAAUACUAGGAAUAAGGAGGAAAUUAGUCAUUUUCGAGACAAGGAUAAUUCGAACAUACAAGGUAAGAGAUUAACUCAGCUAUAUGAUAAGGAUCUGGCGAGCAAGGAGUACACGGUGACUGUAGGCCUUGGAAAAAAGCACGUGUCUAAAAACAAAAAAAAUAAUUUGAUUAAAAUAUAUCGAUGGAUCAGGCAGUUCAAACCAACACCAAUAUCAAUAGAAAUGGUUGGUUUUAAUCGGACUGAUAUAAUUUACAGGAACAAGGAAGAAGCAAACUAUAUAAUUAUGGAAGGUAACAAGGAAAACCGUAAAUGCUAUGCGAAUAUUCCAUUCAGGAAAAUGAUAAGAAAAGGAGUAAUCCAUGAAUGGGAAGAUAGCGUAGAAGAACUAGAAGCCGAACUUAUGCCAGUACAGGGCAAAUUCAAGUUGGAAAGAUUAAAGAAAAGGAUAUAUAAAGACGGUGAAGUUCAAUGGACAGAAGGAAGAGCUAUUCUUAUAACCUUCGAAGGAGAUUCCCUUCCAACGAGGGUACUAAUCGGAUAUGGUCAUGUGUGGUUACGAGUUGAACCUUUUAUGGAGUCAGUUAAACAGUGUUUUAAGUGCUACAGAUACGAGCAUUCACAACAAAUUUGCAGAAGCAGUGUGAGUAAUUGUAGAAGGUGCGGGGAAGAGAGACAUGAAGAAUGUCAAAAACAGCCUCACUGCACAAAAUGUGCUGGCUCUCACCCCAGUAUGGCAAGAGAGUGUCCCAUCUAUCAGAAGGAAAUCAAUAUAAAAAAGGUGAUGGCGUACCAAAACUGGCCGUAUAAUACGGGGAAAACAUAUAUAGAGAAUAAAUACCGUAGUGAGAACAUGGAAUGAACUAACAUGAAUGUAAAACAAGAAAAAUGGGACUUUCCACCCCUACAAGCCAAGCACAAGGUUGAAUAUUGGAAAGAUAAGGAAGUGCCUGGACUGGUGUAUAAAACAAAUAAAUGGAACGAACAAAAGGAAAAGGAAAGGAACCCGGAAAACCCAAGGAACCAGGAAUAUUUUGAAACUGAUAAAAAUGAAGAAGAACUAAUGAAUAGGAACGGGAAUACUGUCGGAAAGAAGAAAGAAGAAAAACAGAAAUCAAGAAGGCCCUUACCG